AUGGAAAUCAGCGACACAGAGAAGGGGCAGGAGGGCAGCGUGCGUGACCUGGUAGCCCAGCUCGUGGCGCAGUCUCUGGCGAAAACAUUUCCCGACCUGCCCGAUCUGGAGCCGCUGGUUACCACGUGUAACAACCCCAAGUUCGGGGACUACCAAUGCAACAACGCCAUGGGCAUCUGGUCGCGCAUCAAGGGCUCCACCACUGACUUCAAGAACCCCAACGCCAUUGGCCAGGCAAUCGCCAAGAACCUGCCGCCCUCCCCGAUGGUGGAAAAGACGAGCAUUGCCGGCCCGGGCUUCGUGAACAUCGUGCUGACGCAAGCCUGGCUGGAAGAGCACGUGUCUGGCGUCUUGAAGGGCGCUGGCAUCGCUGCGUGGGCUCCUAAACUGCCUGUGGCGCGGGCGGUGGUGGACUUCUCGUCGCCCAACAUCGCCAAGGAGAUGCACGUGGGACACCUGCGGUCGACUAUUAUUGGGGAUACGCUGGCCAGGAUGCUGGAAUACUGCCAUGUGGAGGUUCUGCGGAGGAACCAUGUCGGCGACUGGGGCACUCAGUUUGGCAUGCUGAUUGAAUACCUGUUCGACAAGUUCCCUGACUGGGAAACCAUUGGCGAUCAGGCCAUCGGAGAUCUCCAAGUCUUUUACAAGGCGGCCAAGAAGCGCUUUGAUGAGGACGCAGAGUUCAAGGAGAGGGCGCAGAGGGCGGUGGUGAAGCUGCAGGGAGGGGAGGAGGAGUACCGGAAAGCGUGGGCCAAGAUCUGUGACGUCAGCAGGAAGGAGUUCGAUCUGGUUUAUCAGCGGCUGGGCAUCAAAUUAGAGGAGAAGGUGAGUUUGGCCUCAGAGAAGACUAGAGAGGUGAAGGAGGAGAGGGCGCAGAGGGCGGUUGUGAAGCUGCAAGGGGGGGAGGAGGAGUACCGGAAAGCAUGGGCCAAGAUCUGUGACGUCAGCAGGAAGGAGUUUGAUCUGGUUUGCCAGCGGUUGGGCAUCAAACUCGAGGAGAAGGUGAAUGUGGAAGCAGUUUGUUGGGCUUGCUGGUGUUUUUGUGGGGUUGAAAGGGUCUCGUUUUCCAGGGUUGGGUGGGAGGUCAAGGAGAGGGUGCAGAGGGCGGUGGUGAAGCUGCAGGGGGUGGGGGAGGAGUACCGCAAGUUAUGGGCCAAGGGGGAGAAGAAGGUGGCGUUAAAGGCGAAAGACGGCGAGUCGUUCUACAACUCGCGCAUCCCUGCAGCACUGGAGAAGGUCAAGGCAGCUGGGCUGGUGGUGGAGAGCGCAGGGGGGAAGUGGGGAGGGGGCGAGUCGUUCUACAACUCGCGCAUCCCUGCAGCACUGGAGAAGGUCAAGGCAGCUGGGCUGGUGGUGGAGAGCGCAGGGGGGCACUACUGCAUAGAGGAGGAGAAGGCGGAAUGGGUCGUAAAAUGGCAUCCGUGUCUAUCCUCCAGUCCCCUUCUUUUUAAUCUCCUUUCCCUUCUCCACCCUCCCCUCCCUCUCCCCCCCCUCUCCCCUCCCACCUCCCCCCAGCUAUCGCAUAUAGGAGGAGAAGGCGGAGCGGGUCGUUCAAGACACGGACGUUACUCGUCUCUUCCUUUCCCGGGCCCCUUCGUUCAUCCCCUUCCCCCACUCUCCCCUCCAUCUUUCACCAACCCCCCUCACAGAUACUGCGCAGAGGAGGAGAAGGCGGAGUCGGUUGUCCACGUGACGUGGUGCUCCUUCGCUUGCUGUGCCUCCCUCGCUUGCUGUGCCUCCCUCGCUUGCUGUGCCUCCCUCGCUGCUGUGCCUCCCUCGCUUGCUGUGCCUCCCUCGCUUGCUGUGCCUCCCUCGCUUGCUGUGCCUCCCUCGCUUGCUGUGCCUCCCUCGCUUGCUGUGCCUCCUCGCUUGCUCUACCGCAUAGAGGAGGAGAAGGCGGAGUGGGUUGUCUACGUCACGGAUGUUGGGCAGUCGCAGCACUUUGACAUGUUCUUCAAGUCAGCACCUCAUGUUGCGCAGUCGCAGCCCUUUGACAUGUUCUUCAAGGCAGCUCAAAAGGCGGGUUUCUACGCAGGCAAGGCCAAGAAGGGCAAGGCAACAGCAGCAAGUGAGGAGGGAAGCACAGCACCAGCUAUCCGCGUGGACCAUGCAGCCCAAAAGGCGGGCUUCUAUGCGGGCAAGGCCAAGAAGGGCAAGGCUGCAACUGAAGGAGCAGCAGCAGCAAAUGCGCCUGCUAUCCGAGUGGACCAUGUGGGGUUCGGUCUGGUGCUGGGCGACGAUGGGAAGCGGUUCCGCACGCGCAGCAGUGAAGUGGUGCGGCUGGUGGACCUGCUUGACGAGGCGGUUACUCGCGCAAGCAGGGGCUCGUUGAGCGAGGUGAGUAAUUAG